GUGGGGAACUGCCAAACCAGUUACCACUCAGCGUUCUGCACUUCCCGUUCACUACUAUGAGUUUGGAUAUGGCAUCCGACCUGUCACCAGAAUGUGUGGCCGAUAAGUAAACAAAGCAUCGGAGAUGUCGUCGUCCAAUCUGCAGGCUUACUGCUUCACGGAACUCCAUCAUGAGCAUGUUCAGAAAGUGGACCAAUACCUGAUCCACCUCCAGCUGUCUGAUGCAAACCUGAUGGACGUGUCGCUGCGGUUCAGGCGGGAGAUGGACAAGGGCCUAGGCCGGGACACCAACCCAACCGCCGCCCUUAAGAUGCUGCCAACAUUUGUACGAUCCACCCCUGACGGCACUGAAAAGGGCCACUUCUUGGCUCUUGACCUUGGCGGGACCCACUUUCGUGUGCUCUUGGUGAAGGUGUCCUGCAAUGGCCAGCAGAAUGUGGAGAUGGAGUCACAAAUCUAUGCCAUUCCAGAGGAAAUCAUGAGGGGCACUGGCUCUGAGCUAUUUGACCACAUUGCUGAUUGUCUGGCCAAUUUCCUGGACAAAUUGGGCAUAAAAGAGAAAAAGCUUCCCCUCGGCUUCUGCUUCUCAUUCCCCUGCCAGCAGACGAAGCUGGACGAGAGUAUUCUGGUCUCCUGGACAAAGGGCUUCACGGCGAGUGGCGUAGUUGGAAACGACGUGGUUGCCAUGCUGAGGAGAGCCAUCCAGAAGAGAGGGGACUUUGAUAUUGACAUUGUUGCUGUGAUCAAUGACACGGUGGGCACAAUGAUGACCUGUGGCUACGAAGACCAUCACUGCGAGAUUGGCCUGAUUGUCGGCACGGGCACCAACGCCUGCUACAUGGAGGAGGUGCGGAACAUGGAGCUGGUGGACGAGGACGAGGGCCGCAUGUGCGUCAACAUGGAGUGGGGGGCGUUCGGGGACGACGGGGCACUGGACGACCUGCGCACCGUGUUCGACCGCGAGAUUGAUGCCGGCUCCCUGAACCCCGGAGGGCAGCUCUUUGAGAAGAUGAUCAGUGGCUUCUACAUGGGCGAGUUGGUUCGCCUCAUCCUGGUGAACAUGGCCAAAGAGCAGAUGAUCUUCCAGGGUCAGGUGACCCCCGGCCUGCUGACCAGGGGCAGCUUCAACACCGGCCACGUCUCUGCCAUCGAAGACGACAGGGACAACGCCGGUCUGCUGGCCGCCGAGACGCUCCUGCGGGGGCUGGGGCUGAGCCCGUCCACGGAGGACUGCGUGGCCACCCAGCGGGUGUGUCAGGUGGUGUCCACCCGCUCCGCCCACCUCUGCGCCGCCUCGCUGGUGUCGGUCCUGCGGCAGAUCCGCGACAACAAGGCCGCUGAGAAGCUCCGCACCACCAUCGGCGUGGACGGCUCCGUCUACAAGAACCACCCCCAGUUCGCCCGCAAGCUCCACAAGAUGGUGCGGCGGCUGGCGCCCGACUGCGACGUGCGCUUCCUGAGCUCGGGGGACGGCAGCGGCAAGGGCGCGGCCAUGGUGACGGCGGUGGCGUACCGGCUGGCCAUGCAGCACGCCGAGCGCCAGCGCAUCCUGGAGCCCCUGCGGCUGGGCCGGGAGCAGCUGCUGGAGGUGAAGAGGAGGCUGGAGGAGGCCAUGGAGCAGGGCCUGGCCAAGGAGACCCACCAGCAGGCCAGCCUCAAGAUGCUGCCCACCUAUGUCCGGGCCACGCCCGAUGGCACAGAACACGGUGACUUCCUGGCUCUUGACCUUGGGGGGACGAACUUCCGAGUGCUCCUGGUGCGCGUACGGAGUGGGAAGAAGCGCAGCGUGGAGAUGCACAACAAGAUCUACAGCAUCCCGCAGGAGACCAUGCAGGGCACCGGGGAGGAGCUCUUCGACCAUAUCGUCCAGUGCAUUGCGGACUUCUUGGAGUACAUGGGAAUGAAAGGGGCUGUCCUUCCCCUGGGUUUCACCUUCUCCUUCCCCUGUCAACAAAGACAACUUGACCAGGGAAUCCUUCUGAGAUGGACAAAGGGAUUCAAGGCGACGGGCUGUGAGGGGGAGGACGUGGUCACCCUGCUGAAAGACGCCAUUCGACGUAAAGAGAAGUUUGACCUGGACGUGGUGGCGCUGGUCAACGACACCGUUGGCACCAUGAUGACCUGCGGCUACGAGGACCCCCUGUGUGAGGUGGGCCUCAUCGUAGGCACGGGCACCAACGCCUGCUACAUGGAGGAGGUGCGGAACGUGGAGCUGGUGGAGGAGGACGAGGGCCGCAUGUGCGUCAACAUGGAGUGGGGGGCGUUCGGGGACGGCGGGGAGCUGGACGAACUGUGCGCCGAGUUCGACCGCGUCGUGGACGAGAGCUCCAACAACCCCGGGAAACAAAGGUAUGAGAAGAUGAUCAGUGGCAUGUACCUGGGUGAGAUUGUGCGGAACGUGCUGCUGGAGUUCACCGCCAAGGGCCUGCUGUUCUGCGGCAAGCCUACUGAGAGGCUGAAGACACGGGGCAUCUUCGAGACCAAGUUCCUGUCCCAGAUCGAGAGUGACCGGCUGGCCCUGCGGCAGGUGCGCUCCAUCCUGCAGCACCUGGGCCUGACCAGCUCCACGUGCGACGACAGCAUCCUGGUGAAGGAGGUGUGCGGCGUGGUGUCCCGGCGGGCCGCCCAGCUCUGUGGCGCUGGCCUGGCCGCCGUGGUGGACAAGGUGCGGCGCAACCGCGGCCUGGAGCACCUGCGCAUCACCGUGGGGGUGGACGGCACGCUGUACAAACUGCACCCCCAUUUCUCUGGGAUCCUGCGAGAGACGGUGCUGGACCUGGCUCCCGGCUGCGAGGUGAGCUUCCUGCAGUCGGAGGACGGCAGCGGGAAAGGCGCAGCGCUGAUUACCGCCGUCGCAUGCAGAAUGAGGGACGCCGCAAAGCACUGAACACCAACCCCCUGCCCACCUCCCCCUCCCCCCCAGGGUAGACGCAGAGAGAACAGCUCUGUGGGACGGUUAUAUUUAGUACGGACGUGGUUCAUCUCAAACCGUGUGUGUCUGGUCUGUAUGUAUGGAUCUAACCUAACCAUGCGAGAAACCACUCACAGGACAUUGGAUGCGAGUAACCAAAUGUGUAAGAUUAAAAGAUGAGAGCUCCCAUCCGUGGGGCGAGGCAAA